AAUAAUGAUUAGUGUACACUGUCCUUUAAUCUAUAUGAAUAAUUAAUUGAAUUGAUUUAAAUCUUGUGUUUAUUAUUUUUUUUAAUAAACUUCCAAAUUUGGUUUUGUAAGUAAUCGUUAGACAAAAUAUUGGUAGUUUUUAAAUUCAUGUAGCAUCCCUCCCUAACAAUUUUUUUGAUCUAGUGCAGAUUGUGGUACGUUAUUCUUCGUUCAGUAAUCACUAUUCACUAAUGGCAAACUGGUGGACCCGUGUUGAGUUAUUGAAAGGUAAUCAUGCCUGUUGCAUGUUCUUACUUCUUACUUACUCUAAUUGAGAUACAUUGAAUUAAUGCCGGAUGCCAGGUAAUAAAAAUUGAGAACACGAAGGCUGCGCGGCAUCUCGCAUGUGGCGCUCGGCUUGCGCGACACUCCGCGCGGCGCACGCAGACCGCGGAUGGGCAGAGGUCUCGGCCGCCUCAGCGCCGGAUUCCGUGUGGCACUCGCUCACCAACUGCGUGGCCUACCAGGCUGGAGUCUGGCAAGGCUUGGUACUCAAAGGGAUGGAGGACGCCACUCACCCAGCCGCCUUCCGCCUCGCAGUCGUGCUCCGGCACACGCCGCCCGAGCUGGCGGUCAGGCUGGUGGCGGACAAGUUGAAGACGCACCCGCAGGCCGUAAGCUUCCAAGAGCUCAUGUCGUACAUCGUGUCACUCUUGACGGAUGACGCCCCCUGGUGCGAGUGCAACGCAGACGACUCUCAGCACACCGCUCCUCUCAGAGACCUGCUGCUAUUCGGGGACUGCGAGGCCGCUGUGCUGGCCGCAUCCCGAGAGGAGUACGACGCCCACGCCAAAAGGCAGAGGGCUGCCUACAGCGCCAUGGCCCCUCGCCACUACGUCGAGCUCCGGAUCAAGAUCCUCAACCAGCUGAUCCAAGUGCCGAAGAUCUACCAGACCCCGGAGUUCGAAUGCUUCGAAAGCGCCGCGAGGGAAAAUAUUGACAGAGAGAUUUGCACUCUUCGAGAACAUCUUCUCACUGGAAGACAUGACUAGCAGUAUUGGUCUCCGCAAGAUUAGGAGCCACUUUCCUAAUCUGGUUAAAAAAGGACAAUUACUCGAAGGUGUUGUACGACUUAUUGAAAGUAGUGUGAGUAAUUAAGUCUAGAAAGUAUCGAGUGUUUGUUAGUGAUCAUUGCCAGGGAUGCCAAACGACAGAGACCGUUCCUACCUUACCUUUAAAGAAAUUUCAAAAGGAAACUGAAUUUUAUGCCGAGAAUGAAACCAAGGUUUUCUUUUCAAAACGCUUAAUUAGUCGUAGACCCUAUAAUUGUGUAGUAUUAAGUUUCACGUUUAAGAGUAUUCUAAAGAUAAUUAUAGAAUGUGUUUUUACUUUUAAAUUAAAGGUGUAAUGUUUAAGUAUUAAUUUAAUUAUAGAUAGGU